CCUAGUCAGUCCGUAGUCGGAAUGGUACUGUUAAUUUUCAUCGUGAUUUUAGGAAGCUGUUUGUAUUUCAAUUCUUCAAUCUGCAUUUUAUUCAAUUCACUAUCUUAUGUUCCGAAUUCGGCUCUGAAAGUUGAUUGUGAGAAGCAGCUGUUGCCUUUCAUAAUUCAUGUCAAAAAGGAUCACAAUCGCUCCCACUCUUUAUGUCCACCUGAUUAAGUUUUCAGCAUUCGUUCGAGAAGAAUUUGGUCUCUCUCACAUAAACGGUACCAAAAAGAGGGUAUUGCCUCUAUGUCUAAAAGACUUGACAGUCCUCAGUACGAUGAUCAUACAUCAAUUCAUUCAAUAGCCAGCGAGGAACACACUCGAAAUCUAGAGCACAUCCCAACUCAAUUCUCUCACACUCAAGAUGCGCCAAUUGAACCAUACACCUCGAAUAUUGAGGUCUCUGACGAGAUCUACGACGGACUUCCUCAUUCCAAGAAAGUAGUAAUUGUUGCACUGCUCUCUUUUUGCAGCUUUCUUGCUCCCAUUUCGAGCACCACAGUUCUGGCUGCUAUUCCAGAAGUUGCAGCUACCUACCGCAGCACAGGAACAAUCAUCAACUUAAGCAAUGCACUUUAUUUGCUCUUCAUGGGUCUGAGCCCGUGUUUCUGGGGUCCAUUGAGCCAAGUUUAUGGAAGACGAGUGGUUCGCUUCCCCUUACUUCUUCGUCUGACAGGUUUGGAAAUGCUAACCGAUAGUGUAGAUAUGCUUGACAACAGCGGUUUUGUUUUGCUGCUGCUCACUUGGUACAGCACUGUCGCCGAACUUGGUUUCAUAUUUCAUCUUUCGCAUUCUUACUGCUUUUGAAGGCACUUCCUUCCUGACCAUUGGUGCUUCGUGUAUUGGCGACAUCUACCGACCCACAGAGAGAGCCACAGCAAUGGGAUGGUUUCUCUCUGGCACGCUCAUCGGACCAGCCUUUGGUCCCUUCAGUAAGUUGCCCAGUAUCUUCACCUUUUACUUACAACUUACAAGAAAACAGUCGGAGGAAUCAUCGUCACUUUCAAAUCCUGGCGCGUAAUCUUCUACCUCCAAACAACCCUCGCUGGCGCGGCCGUAAUCGGAGCAUACUUCCUCCUUCCAGAAACAGCGCACCGCAAGAAGUCCGACGAUUUAGUAGGCCUUCCCCUCCGCGCCAAGGGUCGCGUACUGUGGGGAAUGCUUAACCCAUGGCGAGUAAUUCGUCUCUUCCGCUACCCGAAUCUCCUCAUCGCAGCUUUAGCAUCUUCCAGUCUGGUUUGGAACAUGUACUCUCUCCUCACACCAAUCCGGUACAUCCUCAACCCACGAUUCGGCCUCGCGACUCCCAUCCAAAGCGGCCUUUUCUACCUUGCUCCAGGAUGCGGAUACAUCAUUGGAACAUUUGUUGGGGGUCGCUACGCAGAUUACACGACCAUAUCUUGGAUUAAAAAACGAAACGGCGUUCGUGUCCCUGAAGACCGAUUACGUUCAGCCCUUCCAUUCAUCGGCAUAGUAAUACCAGUUUGUAUGCUGAUCUACGGAUGGAGUAUCGAGAAACGAUUUGGAGGCGUUGCUCUACCCGUGAUCAUGAUGUUUAUCCAGGGUGUGGCGCAGCUUUUUUGCUUCCCGAGUUUAAAUACUUAUUGUUUGGAUGUGAUGCAGGCGAAUGGUGCGGAGGUUAUUGCGGGGAAUUACAUGAUUCGAUAUCUGUUUGCGGCGAUGGGGAGUGCGACUGUGCUCCCUGCUGUGCAAAAGAUUGGUGUUGGGUGGUUCUCGACGAUCAGUGCGGGCUUCUUGGUUGCAAGUGCCGUGGGAACUGGAGUGGCGAUUUUAUGGGGAAUGAAAUGGAGAGAUGGUAUUGAUAGGAAGAUGAAAGCGAAGAGGGGCGAGAAAAUGACAGGAGAUGAGGCUACUGAGAAGGGAGAGCAAAAGUUUAUUGAGGGGAGGGAGGAUGAGAAAGUUUGAUAUUCUGGAGGGCGGAUCUAAUAAAACGAAACUUGGAGUCAUUGGAUCCAGACCAAUAUUGGGCACAAAAUACAUAGAAGCUACAGAUUCAUUUGGGGAAUUACACUUUGGGCAUUAUAAAAACCAGUUCAAAGGCUGCUGGUUUUGCUUAGAGAUAGAGUACUAGCUAAAUCAAUAGCUAAAGUAUACAGAAGAAUAAAAAAAAG